AUGCAAAAGAAUACCGAUACAAGUCGUGGUAGUGUUGCCGGAUUAUCAAUGGAUAAUCAAGAAAAAUUACUCGCUGAUGCUUUACAAAACGUGCGUCAACAUGCCUUUGCAAUGAAACGCGUACUCGAUCAACAAUCCGUCAUGGAAGGACUUAAACAUGCUGCUAACAUGCUUGGCGAAUUGCGUACAUCUCUUCUUUCACCCAAAAAUUACUAUGAACUACAUGUUGUUGUCGUGGAAGAACUUCACCAUCUUGAACUCUAUCUGACGGACGAAUUCGAACAUGGACGUGGUAGCCACGAUCUGUAUGAAGUUGUACAAUAUGCAGGAAACAUUGUUCCGCGAUUAUAUUUGCUAAUUACUAUUGGUCACGUUUAUAUCCGAGCAAAUGAAUUGCCUCGUCGUGAAGUACUUCGUGAUCUGGUGGAAAUGUGCCGAGGUGUUCAACAUCCAUUACGCGGUUUAUUUCUUCGUAAUUACCUUUUGCAAUGCGCGAAGAGUUUACUACCCGAUACUGAAGAAGAAAAUCAAGAAGAAAAUAAGUCAGGUACCAUACUUGACUCGUUGGAUUUCAUUCUGCUGAAUUUUUCGGAAAUGAAUAAACUUUGGGUACGAAUGCAAUAUCAAGGGCAUACACGAGAUCUCCAACGACGUGAACAAGAACGUCGAGAAUUACGUAUUUUAGUUGGAACGAAUUUAGUACGUUUAAGUGAACUUGAAUGUGUGAAUGUUGAACGCUAUAAAACAAUUGUUCUUCCCAAAAUCAUGGAACAAGUUGUCAGCUGUCGCGAUCCAAUCGCCCAAGAAUACCUAAUGGAAUGUAUUAUUCAAGUCUUUCCGGACGAAUACCAUCUAAACACUCUUAAUGAAUUUUUAAAAGGCUGCCGUGAAUUGAGUCCGAAUGUGAAUAUUCGUAAUAUUCUUAUAUCGUUAAUUGAUCGUCUAACCGCAUAUUCAACACGUGAUCAACAAAAUAUUCCGGAAAGUAUUCAAUUAUUCGACAUAUUCUCCGAACAAAUCGCUGAAGUUAUCAAAAGUCGUUCGAACAUGCCGCCAGAAGAUAUUGUUGCACUGCAAAGUGCAUUACUUAGCUUAUCAUUAAAAUGCUAUCGUGACCAGUUUGAAUAUGGAAAUAAAGUGCUUGAAAAAACUAGACAAUUGUUUGACAAUAUCGCUCUCGACACUCCAGUUCAAACAGGUACACAAGCUGCUAAAGAAUUAGUUAAAAUGCUCAAAAUACCCAUCGACUGUUACGACAUUCUCGAUGUCUUGAAAUUAAAUCACUAUAAAUUAGUUUUACAAUUACUAAGUUAUCGCGAACGACAUACUGUCUGUAUGUAUAUCACCAAUAGUAUUCUGGACAAAGAAACGAUCAUUCCUACUGCUGAACAAGUAACACAACUGUUUGAUUUAAUUGCAACAUUGAUUGUUGACCAAACCGAUGGAAAUUUUGAAGCUUCGCGUCAAACAAUCAGCAACGAAGAUUUCGUCGAAGAACAAAAUCUUGUUGCACGUUUAUUCAAUAACUUCAAAGCAACAAAUGAUCCUGAUCAACAGUACCAUAUUAUCAAAAUUUGCCAGGACACGUUCAAAAACGGCGGCUUAGAACGUAUGCGCUUCACUUAUCCACCUAUAAUCAUGCGAGCUUACGCACUAGCAUUCCAAUACAAAGAAAUUCGUGAACAAGACGAAAAAUGGGAAAAGAAAUGCCAGAAAUUAUUUCAACUAUGCAAUCAAUUGAUAAACACAUUAACGAAGUUAGAAACACACGAUCUUCCAUUACGUUUAUAUUUACAAGGUGCAUUAGCAGCUAGUGAAAUUCGUUCGGAAAAUGCAGAAACGAUCGCUUAUGAAUUCUUCUCACAGGCCUAUACAUUGUAUGAAGAACAAGCCGGUGAUACACGUGCCCAGUGUGCAUCAUUAACUUUAUUGAUCGGUACAUUGGAAAAAGUGAGCUGUUUUGGCGAAGAGAAUCAUUCAACAUUACGGCAAUCAUUGACUCAAGCCGCAACACGUUUACUGAAACGACCGGAUCAAGUGCGCACAUUACUUUUAUGUACGCAUCUCUUCUGGAGUGCGCAACGUGUUGAUGAAGCAACGCAAAAGUCCGAGCAGGUUCGCGACGGUGAAAAAGUUCUUGCUUGUUUAAAGAAGGCAACGAAAUUAACAACGCAAGUGAUGGACCAUACUGCUCAAGUUCAACUAUACAAUGAAUUACUCAAUUCGUAUAUCUAUUUCUUUAAUCAAAACCAUCCUGACAUCAACAUCGAAGUGUUGAAUUCGUUAAUCGAAAAACUUCAAAGUGAAAUGUUAAAACUCGAUUCAACACCUUCGGCCAACAAUACAACAUCAACCGAUAGUGAAGAGUUCAUUCGCAACCAAAUUCGCAUUACUUUCGAUCACCUUCGUCAACAAUCACAAAUCGAAAAAUUCCAAGGUCUUCAAAUAAAUAAUUGA